AAGCACCAUGGAUGGCCUCAAGACUCCUUUUAGUGGAGUCAAGAAGGAUUUCCAAGGCCGGUUAGCAUGCUACAAGAAGGACUGGCUCGAUUCAUGUGGCUCGGGUGCAAGGAUUCUUGCUCCAACAGCCUACAUUUUCUUUGCUUCUGCUCUCCCUGUGAUUGCCUUUGGAGAGCAGCUAAGUAGAGAAACAGACGGAAGGUUGAGCACCCCUGAAACUCUUGCUUCUACGGCUAUAUGUGGAGUCAUUCACUCCAUUUUUGGUGGACAGCCGCUAUUGAUCUUAGGGGUUGCGGAACCAACCAUUAUUAUGUACUCCUACCUGUAUAGUUUUGCUAAAAAAACCGUGGGAACGGAAUUGUAUCUAGCCUGGACUGGCUGGGUUUGUGUCUGGACUUCUUUGAUGCUGUUUCUUCUUGCUAUAUUCAAUGCUUGCACCAUCAUCAAGCGAUUUACACGAGUAGCAGGGGAACUUUUCGGCAUGUUAAUCACUGUUCUUUUCCUUCAAGAGGCCAUCAAGGGUGUGGUUAGUGAAUUCAGUAUUCCAAAGGGUGAAAAUGCCUCCGAAGAAAAAUUCCAAUUCCAGUGGCUUUACACUAAUGGAUUGCUCGCUAUCAUAUUUUCUUUCGGCCUCCUUAUCACUGCCCUCAAGAGCACGCAAGCUAGGUCCUGGCGUUAUGGUUCAGGCAUGUUUAGGAGCCUUAUUGCAGACUACGGAGUUCCCUUGGCGGUUAUAGUAUGGACUGCGUUAUCUUUUAGCUUACCGAGCAAGAUCCCUUCAGGAGUCCCAAGGCGGCUUUUCUGCCCCGAUCCUUGGGAUCCUGAGUCGCUGUAUCACUGGACCGUGAUAAAGGACAUGGGGAGGGUACCAGCAAUGUACAUUUUUGCUGCGAUAAUACCGGCCUUGAUGAUCGCGGGUCUGUACUUUUUCGAUCAUAGCGUAGCUUCACAGUUGGCACAGCAAAAGGAAUUCAAUCUGAAAAAGCCCUCUGCUUACCAUUAUGAUAUCAUGUUGCUGGGAGUGAUGACUUUGAUCUGUGGAUUACUCGGACUACCUCCUUCAAAUGGUGUUCUUCCUCAGUCUCCUAUGCAUACUCGGAGUCUUGCAGUCCUCAAGAAGCAGUUGAUACGGAAGAAAAUGGUGAAGUCUGCAAAGGAGGGCAUGAAGUUGCAAGCGAGCAAUUCGGAGAUAUAUGGGCGAAUGCACGCUGUGUUUGUUGAGAUGGAGGGUGGCGCCCAUUCGCACGCUUCGGACAAAGACCUAGCGAGCUUGAAAGAAGCCGUCAUGAACCAUGAUGAUACAGACUCAGAUAGCGCGUUCGACCCUGAAAAGUGCAUUGAUCUCUACUUGCCUGUCCGAGUAAACGAGCAGCGGGUCAGCAACUUGUUGCAAUCCUUACUUGUGGGGGUCGCUAUAUGUGCUACUCCCGUGCUCAGGUUGAUACCUACCUCGGUCUUGUGGGGAUACUUCGCCUACAUGGCCAUUGACAGCCUCCCCGGAAACCAGUUCUGGGAGAGGAUUCUGCUGCUGUUUGUUCCACCUGGCCGUCGCUUCAAAGUCAUCGAAGAUUUCCAUGCCUCGUAUGUGGAGGGGGUCCCGUUCAAAUACAUCUUCCUGUUUACGAUCUUCCAGCUCGCCUACCUCCUACUGUGCUUUGGAAUCACAUGGAUACCGAUUGCUGGGAUAUUGUUCCCGUUGCCUUUCUUCCUCUUGAUCAGCAUACGAGAGCACGUUCUUCCCAAGGUGUUCCCGUCUCACUACCUACGCGAACUAGAUGCAGCUGAGUACGAAGAAAUCAUUGGGCGCUCGUUCAGGAACAAGAGCCUAUCCAUCAAGGACAGGGAGAUACCUGACAUUGACAAUGAUGAAAGCUCCCCUGAUGUAUCUUCUGCUGAGAUAUUGGACGAGAUUACAACGCGCAGAGGUGAACUAAAGCACCGGUCAAUGAGCUUUAAUGGCAUGCGGCAGCUUCAGGCUGUGCCAGAAGGUUCAGGCGGGGCAUAGACGCGAGAUCAACAAUGCUGCGUUUACAAGAGCGAGAAA